UUCCUUUUUCUUUGCAUUCGUUUUCUCUUCCUUUUCUUGAUUGGUUUCAUUCUCUCUCUUUCUAUCUAUAAAAAUGGGGUUUCUUUGAUCCUCUUUUUUCAGGUUUGUUCAUCCCCUCUCUCAGGAACAGAAGGAUCCGAGCUUUGCAUCAGAGCUGAUUCAUCCUUCAGCUGUGAAUCUCCUGUGUGUCCUGGAGUGGAUUUUGAGCUAUUUGGAAGAGGGAGGGAGGAUUCGAAGAACACCCAGAACCACAGGUUCUAUACUGAUUUCAGAGCUUGGAGCAAUCAACUGGCAAAUUUGAGAGGGUCGGAGAGGAAUUGGAAGAGACUCAGAUCCCCAAAAUUGGUUGGAGCAAGAAGGGAGUGAGCUCUGCGUUGUCCACGGUGGGAGACUGAACAGCGGAUUCAAGCAGUCGUUGCAAGCGGCCACCUAGGAAUGGCCGAGAAUCCAUGUCUGACGUGGAGAGAACGCGGAGAAGACCUAGAAUCGCCAGAUCUGCUGCACCUAUUCCUUUGUUGAUCGGGGUUGGACAAUACCCACGACCCGGGAAGACGAAGUCCAUGACAAAGGGAAACCAGAUUUGCGAACCAUGCCGUUGAGAAUGGUGUAGGAAAGUGUAGUCUCGAGGUGCCUGUAAUACUGAUCAAAGAAGGUUUGAAGGCUUUCAUCUCUUCUCCAUAAAAUGGGUUAUGUUGCCCUGUUCGUCGCUCGACGAGUUCCAUCUGUUGAC